UCUGGAGGAGGAGGAGGAGGUUCUGGAGGAGGAUUCUGUCUCCAGUCAGGAUGAAGAGGAGGAGGAGGAUGAAGGAGAGCUGGCUCUGUGGUCUCCUGAUGUUCAGGUGGUGGACCUGCACAAAGACAGAGACAGAGGCCUCGGCUUCAGUAUCCUGGACUACCAGGACCCGUUAGAUCCUGGUCGCUGUGUGAUGGUGAUCCGCUCUCUGGUUCCCGGUGGUUCUGCGGAGCGUCAUGGGGGUUUGCUUCCUGGAGACCAGCUUGUGUCGGUCAACAACACGCAGUUGGACCUGCUCACCCUGGCCCAGGCCGUGGAGGUCCUGAAGUCCGCCCCACCUGGAACAGUCCAGCUGGGUAUCCGGAAGCCUCUGGUGGUGUCAGGUGUGGACCUGCGAGCUGCCAAUCAUGAGGAGGCGGUCAGUGCCAUCAAGUCUGCUCCGAGUCCGGUGGUCUUUGUGGUCCAGAGUCUGUCUGCGACUCCACGGCCGGUCUCUGUGACGGCGUCCAGCUACAGCAGACAGAAAACCAAGAGGACCGAGGCUCAGAGAUCAGAAGCAGCCCUGCCCCCCCUCAGACAGCCCCCUCCCUACACGCCCCCCAGCCAAUCAGAGGCAGCGCUGACUCCAGACCUGGACCGGGUCAAAGAGCGUUGGUGUGAGCGCUAUGGAGACCUGCAGGGGAAGCUGCUGUGUGUGGAGCUGGACAAGGAGCGACAGGGUUUGGGUCUCAGCCUGGCGGGAAACAGGGACCGGUCUCGCCUCAGCAUCUUUGUUGUGGGGCUCCAUCCUGGGGGGCCGGCGGCUCGCGACGGACGCAUCCGUGUGGGAGACGAGCUGCUGGAGAUCAACAAUCAGAUCCUUUAUGGGCGGAGCCACCAGAACGCCUCAGCCAUCAUAAAGAGCUCCGCCUCCAAGGUGAAACUCAUCCUGCUCAGAAAUGAAGAUGCUAUAAACCAGAUGGCUGUGCCCCCACUAACCAGCCCCCCUCCUCCUGGUCCCACUCUGAGCCCCCUCAGCCUGGAGUGUGUGUCUCCAGCUCUGCCUGCUGGCUCCGCCCCAUCAGACAGGCCCCACCCCCCKGACAGUCUGAGGCUCCACCCCUUGUCAGAUGCUCCGGACGAGGCCACGAGCGAKGAAGACCGACAAAACGAUGGYYCCGCCCACAGACURACAGAGGCCGACGCCCACAGACUGACAGAGGCCGACGCCCACAGACUGACAGAGGCCGACGCCCCGAGACAGCCUCUGAAGGCUGCAGAGUCUCCUGAAGCUGAGCCGCAGGCUCCCAGGGCUCCGCUGGAGCUUCAGUCCUGCAGGUCCAUCAACUCCAGACCCACGGCGGCAUCUCCUCCUCUGAUCAGUCCUGAUGUUCACGCUCCUAACAGAGACCCGUCCUGCUGUGUCGUGGUUCCGGGCCAGGAGACGGUUCUGGAGAUCUGGAAGGGCCGAUCCGGACUGGGUCUCAGCAUCGUGGGAGGACGAGACACCCAGCUGGAGGCCAUUUUGAUCCAUGAGGUUUAUGAAGAAGGAGCUGCGGCCCGGGAUGGACGGCUGUGGGCUGGAGACCAGAUCCUGGAGGUGAACGGCGUGGACCUCCGCAGAGCGUCCCACGAGGAGGCCAUCGCCGCUCUGCGUCAGACGCCAGCAAAGGUCCACCUGACGGUUCUGAGGGACGAGGCCCAGUACAGAGACGAGGAGAACCUGGACCUGUUUAAGGUGGAACUGCAGAAGAAGACGGGCAGGGGGCUGGGCUUCAGCAUCGUUGGGAAGAGGAGCGGCGACGGCGUCUUCAUCUCUGAGGUGGUCCGAGGGGGCGCCGCUGAGCUGGACGGACGGCUGAUGCAGGGAGACCAGAUCCUGUCAGUGAACGGAGACGACACCAGACACGCCUCCCAGGAAGCUGUGGCCGCCAUCCUGAAGUGCGCUCGUGGUCCGGUCCUGCUGGAGCUGGGCCGACUGAAGGCUGCUUCCUGGAUCUCAUCCAGACACAGCUCCCAGGAGAGUCAGAUGAGUCAUGUCAGUGGGAACAGCUCAGGUGUGGCUGCUUUGCCCCUCCCACAGACCCCACCCUCAUCUGACCCCCCCACCUCUGACCAGACCCUCAACAACACCACCAAGUCCAGCAGUGACCUCACUUCCUGCUCUGAGAUCAGCUCAGGCGUGGACACCGAUGUCCGGACUGUGGACAUCACCAGGGGCAUCAGUGACUCCCUCGGGGUGAGUGUAGCAGGAGGGAAGGGUAGUCCUUUGGGGGACGUCCCUAUCUUCAUCGCCAUGAUUCAGGCCAACGGAGUGGCUGCCAAGACGCAUCGACUGAAGGUCGGGGACAGGAUUGUCAGGAUCAAUGGUCAAGAAGUUGAUGGUCUGUCCCACAGCCAAGUCGUCACCAUGCUAAAGAACAGCUACGGAAAGAUCAGCCUGCAGGUCGUGGCUGACACCAACAUCAGCGCUGUGGCCUCUCAGGUGGAGAGUCUGAGCAGCACCUCGGGGCUGUCCAGCACCGACACACACACCUCUGCUGACCCAGAGGGUCCACGACCCCACAUCAUCACUCUAGAGAAGGGUUCAGAGGGACUCGGCUUUAGCAUCGUUGGAGGAUUUGGCAGUCCACAUGGAGACCUGCCAAUCUACGUCAAGACCGUCUUCAGUAAGGGCGCGGCGGCGGUGGACGGGCGUCUGAAACGAGGCGAUCAGAUCCUGGCAGUGAACGGUGAGAGCCUGCAGGGGGCGACACACGAACAGGCCGUCUCAAUUCUGAAGAAGCAGAAAGGAAGUGUGACGCUGGACAUCCUGUCCUAACAGGAGCCUGCCUGCAUGCUAACACACGUAUGAACACAUGAACCCUGCGGGGGCCACACCCCUCCACUUCCAGGAAUUCAGGUCAACCAGGAUCAUCAGCUCAGAGCUUCCCAACAUGCAAAAAAUCUGUCAGACAUGCCCAUUCCUGUCCUGCUGGCCAAUCAGGUGUCCCCUGGUGUUGGCCCUCCCCCAGGUGUCCUCACCUGGUGUUGGUCCCACCCCAGGUGUCCUCACCUGGUGU